UUGUUCUGUUUGUUCAAUUUUUACAGAAGCUAAUUAUUUUGUAAAUAUAUUAGAUAGUGUAUUUUGUGUGUAACUGAAGGAUUGAUAAUAUCCUUGAACAAUUAUCAAACUAAUUUUAGUUCUUCUAACGUCACUCCAUAAAUGUUUAAUAGUUUUCAUGCAAUUAACUUGUUUCUAGCAGAGAAAGAGAUAACAGUAUUCAGCCAGUUUUCAUGAUCAUCGGUGACAAAUAAACCAAAAAUGAUCACCAACGUUAUUGGUCCUUCUGUAACUUCUCGUUGUGAAGAUGAAGGAACAUCUCCUGGAUUUCAUCAACUGAGUGUAACCAUUGAGGCUGCCAUACUGAGAAGCUCGUCAUUUUUAAAGCCAAAUCCUUACGUAGAAUUUUCUGUUGAUGAUAAAAGUCCACGGAAAACAGAAGUAUCAAAAGCCACUUACCAGCCAAAAUGGAACGAAAAGUUUACAAUUCUUGUCACUCCAUAUUCCCAUCUACACUUCCGUCUUCUGGAUCACAGUACUUUUCGAAAGGAUACCAUCAUUGGAGAAAAACGAAUGAGUCUUUUCCAAAUUCUCUCACAUUACAAUGGAAAAAUAGAGAAUUUGGAGUUGACACUUGAUUUAAUAAAUGAAAAUAAACAUGAUUCACAAUUGGCGAAAGUUGGAGAACUUGUGACAAUAUUUGACGGAUUAAAAAUUGAUAUGACUAAUGUUACACCUCCUGCAGAGCAAAUGAGGCAAUCACAGUGUGUUGCUUCCGGAGGACUUCAUCCACUUACAGCGGCAAAUAAUGACGCAUCAAACAAUCGUAGUAUUUUAAAUGGUGGAAUUAGAGCUUUGAUGCGUGGGCAGGGUACAGAAAAUACUGCACCGUCCCAUCGAGCUACUCAAAACGUCCAUGAUCCUAAUCAACGAAUGAAGCAACUAGUUUUAGCUAAUCCUAACUUACCAAACAGAAAUAUGAUUCCAAAUUCGGCCGGACCUCAUCGAUUAUCCAAUGAAAGUAGACUUGAUAAUUGUCGUAGUGAAAGUACCACGUCAGGAUAUCGAUUAAUGGAUAGAUCAGGAUUAGUUGAUAAUUCUUUGGUUAUUGAUAGUUCAGCCCCUGGACUACGAAUGCUCGAAAGACCGCGAUUAAAUGAUAACUCAGUGUCAAUCAGUAGAUCUUGUGCAGUUGAUGACACAAAUUCUUCACGUAAUGAUAAUCCAGCAGCAGUAGGUGGAUCUCUUAUGGAUGAACUUCAUCGUUCACGGAAUGAAAACUCAGCAACAGUAAGUGGAUCUCAUUUAGAUGAUUCUCUUCGUUCACGUAGCGAAAAUUCAACAGCGAGUGGUAGAUCUCGAUUAGAAGAACUCCUUGGUCCACGUAAUGACAACUCAGCCGUAGGUGGUGGAUCUCAUUUAGACGAUUCUCAUCGUUCACGUAGCGAGAACUCGACAGCGAGCGGUAGAUCUCGAUUAGAAGAACUUUUGUGUCCACGUAGUGAUAAUUCAAUGUCAGUGAUGCCCAUUGCUGGGCCUAGACAUCAGGAUUCAUCACGACGAAGUGAAAAUUCUAUGCCUUCAUCAAUGGGAAUGUUAAUGGGUGAUCCAAGUAGACAAAAUCCUGUAGAAAAUGCACAAUCGGCACCGUGUUUGAUACCCGGAGAGAUGCCUCAAGGAGGUAUGGCUGUGGAACCUACUGUCGCUGAAGAAUCUCUUCCUCCCGGAUGGGAUAUGAGAUAUGAUAUGUAUGGGAGAAGGUAUUAUGUUGAUCAUAACACUCGCAGUACUUCUUGGGAAAAGCCACAACCUUUACCACCCGGUUGGGAAGUGCGUAGAGAUCCUAGAGGACGUAUUUAUUAUGUAGAUCAUAAUACUAGAAGUACUACUUGGCAAAGACCGAAUACAGAACGUCUACAGCACUUCCAACAGUGGCAAGGAGAAAGACAAUAUGUUGUUCAGCAAGGAAAUCAACGAUUUUUGUAUCCACAAGCUGGAGGGCAACCAGUUGUCACUGGUCCCACAAUGAGUCUUGCUGAUGAAGAUGAUGCUCUUGGUCCUCUACCCGCUGGUUGGGAAAGACGAAAACAACCAGAAGGAAGAGUGUACUAUGUUAAUCAUAAAAAUAGAACUACCCAAUGGGAAGAUCCUAGAACGCAAGGUCAAGAGAUUGGAAUUGAUGAACCACCACUGCCUGAUGGUUGGGAGAUUAGACUCACUGAAGAUGGUGUAAGAUAUUUUGUUGACCACAACACUCGAACUACUACAUUCCAAGACCCUCGACCGGGAGCACCCAAAGGGCCAAAAGGUAUUUAUCGUGUGCCAAGAGCAUAUGAACGAUCGUUCCGUUGGAAACUCUCUCAAUUUAGGUUCUUAUGUCAAACGAAUGCGUUACCUAAUCACAUAAAAAUCAGCGUGAGUCGGCAAACACUUUUUGAAGAUUCUUAUCAUCAAAUCAUGAACGCUGAGGCAUUUGCACUCAGGCGAAGGUUAUAUAUAAUCUUCAAAGGUGAAGAAGGAUUAGAUUACGGUGGAGUAUCGAGAGAGUGGUUUUUCCUGUUAAGUCAUGAAGUUUUAAACCCUAUGUACUGCCUUUUCGAAUAUGCUAAUAAGAGUAAUUAUAGCUUGCAAAUAAAUCCAGCAUCCUACGUUAAUCCAGAUCAUUUGCAAUAUUUCAAGUUUAUUGGACGAUUUAUUGCGAUGGCUUUAUAUCAUGGCCGAUUUAUAUACAGCGGCUUCACAAUGCCUUUUUAUAAACGAAUGUUGAACAAGAAAUUAAUAAUGAAAGAUAUCGAGUCGAUUGACCCUGAAUUUUACAAGUCACUCGUUUGGAUAAAAGAAAAUAACAUUGAUGAGUGCGGUUUAGAGUUAUAUUAUAGUGUAGACUUUGAAAUCCUUGGACAAGUAAUUCAUCAUGAGUUGAAGGAAGGGGGCGAUAAAAUACGAGUCGUUGAAGAAAAUAAGGAAGAAUAUAUCAGAUUGAUGACAGAGUGGAGAAUGACGAGGGGAAUCGAAGAGCAAACGAAAGCCUUUUUAGAAGGGUUUAAUUCCGUAGUUCCUCUCGAAUGGUUGAAGUACUUUGAUGAGCGUGAACUUGAAUUGAUGCUUUGUGGAAUGCAGGAAAUUGAUGUUGAUGAUUGGCAACGUAAUUCAAUUUACCGGCAUUAUACACGGAAUAGCAAGCAAGUCUUAUGGUUCUGGCAGUUUGUGAGAACAACGGAUAAUGAAAAACGUGCUAGAUUGUUACAAUUUGUAACUGGAACAUGUCGAGUACCUGUGGGUGGAUUUGGCGAGUUGAUGGGAAGCAAUGGACCUCAAAGAUUUUGUAUUGAAAAAGUAGGCAAGGAUACUUGGUUACCACGAUCACACACGUGUUUCAACAGACUAGACUUGCCACCAUAUAAAAGCUAUGACCAAAUGGUGGAAAAAUUGAAUUAUGCAAUUGAAGAGACUGAAGGUUUUGGCCAAGAAUAGUGUUAUUUAGUUAAAGAAUAAUGAUGUGUAAAUGAACUAUUGGUUGUUAACGUAUAGGUAAAUUGUACCUAUUUUAUUUUAAUUUAUUAAGAACAUGAAUAUAAAUUAUCAAGAUAAACAAGGCAAAAGUAAAGCCAGGAAAAAAGAAUCAUUAAAUUACAGCUUUUGGUGGUGUAAAAUAAAAUAUAGGGCGUUUAUUUAGCGCAUUUGGUAGGACUUGGAAAGUAUCUAGAUUGAUAUAUUACAUUUUCUUUCGUAUUCGUGUCGAAAGAAACAAUGAACUUUUAAAUUCUUUAUUAUCACGUAAAUAUUGUUAUUGUUUGCACAUUAUUAUCCGAUCUUUUGUUUAAAAAGGGCUAAAUUGAUUAUUUAAUAAUCAGGUUCUGGGUUAUAAAAUUAACUACAGUUUCUUUCUUGUAUUUAGAGAUUUCUUGUUUUUACUACAUUACCAAGAACGACUUAAUUUACAAGUUUAAUUAAAAAAAAGACCAAAAUUGGGCUGUCUCCGUAGCUAGUAGAGUUAUCAGACUUUAUAUAAUUAAUAAAAUAGUUGAUUAAGUCAUUGAUUGAUAAUUAAAGUAUUUUUGUGUCUUGAUUAAAUACUUUUUUUGAUAACUAGCAGUUAUUGUAUAUAACAAAAGGUAAAAUAUAAAUAUAAAUUGUGGUAUUUAUGUCAGAAGAAAAUGACAAUUUUAUGAUUUUAUUUUAAUAUUUGAAAAUUAUCAAUACAAUCAUAAGAUCGUUAUAUUUAUUUAUAAAAAAUUAUUUGUAUAUACGUUACAUAAUAUUCUCCGUGCAAAAAGUAUAUACGGUUGUAUAUAUGUAAUGAUUGAUGAUUCAUGAGUGAGACCUUGUUAUGUGCGUGAAUGUUAAAUAUACAUACAAACGACUCGUACGAAUAAUAGUAUUUGAAAUUAAAUGGAAUAAAGUAAUUUAAUGGAUUUA